GUCGCCAGCCCGGCUGCCGUCGGGGUCCGGCAGCUGCCGCCAGUGAGGCGAGAUCGUGACGGGAGAAGGGCCCCAGCCUCCCCUCCUGCUGGGCAGCCCCCUGGGCGCUCAGCCCCGCUCCCCGCCGGCGGCCUCUCGGGGCAGCCCCGCCAUGGAGGCGGUCCCGCCGGGGGAAGUCAGUGUCCAAGAUGAGGCUGUGGACAAAAGCACCUUUAAGGAAUGCAACCAGAUUGCUUUUUACAGGCGUCAAAAACUUUUACGUCCUGGAAAAUCGUUGUAUCGAGCAUUGUUGGAUUCAGUCACAUUAAGUGAUGACAACAUCAAAUUCCAAAUUAUUCAUGAGGAGAAAAAGGUUCUUCUACAAGUAGAAAUUUGUGAAAUACAGGGGAAUAUUUUUAGGCUUCAAAUUGAUGAGGCAGCUCCUCUCAGAUCAAGAUACAAAGUUCCUGAUGUUCUUAUAAAGGAACCUACCACCCAGAGGCUCUUUAUAUCCCAGAAGGAGGCAGGUAUUUUGGUGCUGUCAAGUGUUAAUGAGGACUACAAACUUCAAAUCACAGCAAACCCCUUCCAGGUUGAGCUACAGUCCAAGGGUGAGGCUGUUCUGAGCAUUAAUUCCAAUGGGUUGUUAUAUUUUGAACAUCUACAACCACCUCCCAGUGAUAGAAAAUCUACAGCAGAAAACGAGGACGUAGCAAGGGAUUCCUCUAAGGAGAAACAAGAGGAUCUGGGUCUCUGGCAAGAGAAAUUUGGCACUUUCUUAGACAUCAAAGCUCAUGGUCCUAGUUCCGUAGGUAUGGACUUCUCUUUACAUGGAUUUGACCAUGUUUAUGGAUUACCACAACACACAGAAGCACUUCUUCUCAAAAACACCAGUGAUGGUGAUGCCUACCGGCUUUAUAAUUUGGACAUCUUCGGCCACAAGAUACAUGACAAAAUAGGCAUUUAUGGUUCAGUGCCCCUUCUCUUAGCACACAAGCCUAACAGAACUUCAGGGAUCUUCUGGCUGAACUCUUCAGAAACACUGGUGGAUAUUACUACAAAAGCAGUAGCUGAGCACAUGCCACCUGGAUCUGCUGCAACUGGUAAGCAGAGGGCAGUGCCUCUAACUGAUGUGCGCUGGAUGUCAGAAAGUGGGAUCAUUGAUGUUUUCCUGCUGAUGGGACCCACUGCAUUUGAUGUCUUCAAGCAGUUUGCACAACUGACAGGCACUCAAGCCCUGCCCCCUCUUUUUUCACUGGGCUACCAUCAAUGCCGGUGGAAUUAUGAGGAUGAGCAAGAUAUCAAGGCAGUAGAUGCUGGCUUUGAUGAGCAUGACAUUCCUUAUGAUGUGAUAUGGCUGGACAUAGAACACACAGAUGGCAAGAGGUAUUUUACAUGGGACAAAAAGAAAUUCCAGAACCCCAGAAAAAUGCAAGAACAUCUCAGGAAGAAAAAACGCAAGCUUGUCGUCAUUGUGGAUCCCCACAUUAAGGUUGAUCCCACAUAUACCCUGUAUUCACAGGCAAGAGACAAGGGAUAUUUUGUGAAAGACAGAAAUGGGCAAGAUUUUGAGGGCAUCUGUUGGCCAGGUUCCUCUUGUUACCUGGAUUUCACCAAUCCUGAAGUGCGAAAAUGGUAUGCAGAUCAAUUUGCCUUCAAAACAUACAAGGAAUCCACUAAUAUCCUCUUUGUCUGGAAUGACAUGAACGAGCCUUCAGUCUUCAAAGGAACAGAACUAACAAUGCAGAAAGAUGCUGUGCACUACAACAACUGGGAGCAUCGGGAAGUACACAACCUCUACGGAUUCUACCAGCAAAUGGCAACUGCAGAAGGACUCAUCAGACGUUCUUCAGGAAAAGAGAGACCAUUUGUCCUCACACGAUCUUUCUUUGCUGGAUCACAGAAGUAUGGGGCAGUGUGGACUGGAGACAACACGGCAGAGUGGGAUUACUUGAAAAUAUCCAUUCCAAUGCUUCUCACCAUCAGCAUGGCAGGGAUUUCAUUCUGUGGAGCUGAUGUGGGAGGGUUUAUUGGAGAUCCGGAACCAGAAUUACUUGUUCGCUGGUAUCAGGCUGGAGCCUACCAGCCCUUCUUCAGAGGUCAUUCUAACAUGGAGAGCAAACGGCGAGAACCGUGGCUCUUUGGGGAGAAGAACACCCAGAUCAUCAGGGAAGCCAUUAGAGAGCGCUACAUCCUCCUGCCAUACUUAUACACACUGUUCUAUCGGGCACACACAGCGGCUGAACCGGUUAUGAGGCCUCUGUGGGUAGACUUUCCAGGGAAAAUAGAAACUUUUGGUGUGGAAAAUGAGUACAUGCUGGGAAGUGCUUUGUUGGUGCAUCCAGUCAUGGAGCAAGAGGCCAAGGCAGUGAGCGUUCUGCUUCCAGGAUCAGAGGAGAUUUGGUAUGAUUUCAGAAAAUUUAAACGAAUGAGAGAUCCAGGCACUCUGAAGAUCCCAGUAACACUGGAGAAUAUUCCUGUAUUCCAGCGGGGGGGCACUGUGAUACCUCUGAAGACCACAGCUGGAAAAUCCACUGAAUGGAUGAUAGAUACUUCUUACGAACUCCAUGUAGCCCUGGACACACAGGCCUGUGCAAUAGGUGAGCUCUACCUAGAUGAUGGGCAUUCAUUUCAGUAUCUCCACAAGAAGCAGUUCCUGUAUCGGAAAUUCUUUUUCCACAAGAACAUUCUCUCUUCCAGCUGCAGAGAUGAAAAUGGACAAUACCACACUACAUGUGUGGUAGAACGAGUGGUAGUUCUGGGAUUUGGACAGCAACCCACUUUUGUGACAGCCUGCACCAAGGAUGGGAAAGAAAAAGAAGUGAUUUUCAAAUAUGAUACAAAGACCUCUGCACUGACACUGGAAAAUUUAGCCCUGAGAGUUGAUGCUGACUGGGAGAUUUGCAUCACCUGAAACAAGAAGCAACUUAACAGGGAAUUUAAUUGAGAGGCUGAGGGGAAAAAAAAUUGGAAGGACUUAGGCUGUUCACUUGAAUCCAGUAAAACCAAGGAAUAUAUUUUACAAACACACACCCAAACUAACAUUUCCUAAAUUUUUUAUUUUAAAACACUCAUUUAAACAUGGACAGCACCUCUAUUAGGCAAAAGUAAUAGCACCAGAAUUCUAUAUUUGGAGAAAAAAGCCAAAUACUGUCUGCUGCAGGCUAGCUUCCAGAAGAAGUUAAGUUCUCAUUAAACAUGGAGUUUAAGGUUAAAAUUUGGACAUCCCACUAUCUGGAGACUGUAGUAUUUGAGAAGACCAAAAACCAGAAGAGAGAACAGCCUUACUUCCUGGUACUCUAUCGGUUGGAAUUUAACCCACAGAGAAAAUACAAAGGCAACACUCCUGUCAGCGUAAAAGUUUAUUUUCUUGCUGCCUAAGCAGGAGUAUAAAAGAACAGCCUCAAGGUAAACCAAAUCCCACGCUGUCCCCAUUAACAAAAAUAGAGUUAAAACCAUCUUGUUACUGCAGGAGAUCCAGCUCCAGAACCUUUUACAAUAAGUAUAUUAAUAUAUUUAAAGACAGAAUGUAUCUCGUUACCCUUCCAACACCAUCUAAAAUAAAUGGGAAUAAAUGGAAAUAAAGAUGUAAUAGUACCUAACAGAACUACUGAGGCAGUGCUAUUAAAAACUUUGUAUCUACUAUAAAUAUAAAUAAAAUAAUAUUUUACAAGUUAUAAA